AUGUCAAUCAGUAUUCACGGAAUUGAGGAUAUUCAGCAGAGUGCUCUUCGUCUCUCGAAUCAAACCGAAAAAUUACUCGAUAGACUUGGGGGUACCGUAGAACAAGCGAAUCAAGUACUCGGAAAUGUGAGUCAAGGUGUGAGUGAUGUGAUUGAAUCGAUGAAUGGAACACUUGUUGAAGUGACUGGAUUGUUGAAAUCAUUGACGAAUUCUUCGGAAAAGUUAUUGAUUCGCGUUGAUCGGGCCCUCGAAUUGAGUACUCUUGUGCUUGUUCCCCUUUUGGCUCUCGUUUUUUUCGCUCUCUCCAUUUGCCUCAUCUUGUAUGGAGUUGCGAAAUUGAGGAAAACGAGGAGAAGCGAUUCAAACGGUUCUUCAUAUCGUCAAAUGUAUCGUGUCGAGACCCAACUUUCGGAUAGAACUCUUCAUUACGAUGAAAAACAACCCGAUAAAUUCGGGAGUGUUUCUGAAAAG